UAUAGAUUAACUUUUAAACAAGUCUUUAAGAAGCCAAUUAUCAUCUUUCACCACUCCCCCCUCCAGAUUUACCAGAUAAAAGAUCUCUCUACAAAUCUGAAUAGAACCCAUUUCAGUUUUAACCUUUUCCUCCAAAUUCAUGUCCUAAUUUUCGCUGUAGAGCUCUUUCAUUCUUUUACAAAGAUUCUUAACUUUUUAUGCCUUUUCUGCCAUGGCAACUGCUUUGUGGUCAAAAUCCUCGAGAGAUACAGCUUCAGCUGCGGUUUCGCGGAUAAAAAACGUUAUUCAGCAUCAUACAUAUUGGGGUCGGGUCAACCAAUUCCGCCGGACUUCCGGAUAUCGUAUUGAUUAUCAAAGGAAUCAUAAUUUCCAUUCAAGCUCCCCCUUCAUUUUCGGGCCUUUCAUGCCCAUCAGAAAGAAUUCUUGGAGGUCUUUUAGCAUUGCGAGGAAUGUUCUGAACUAUAAUAGGUCGCAAGGUCCUCCGGACGGGGAUGGGAUUAUGUUGGGGCCCGGGAUUAAAUAUAUUCAGAUGAGUGAUGGGACCGGGCUGGAUACGGGCCCGGGUGGAGGAGGGCCGCAAGAGGGUUCAUGGGGCGGAUCAAAUUUGGGACAGAGUUUUCCAACACCAAAGGAAAUAUGUAAAGGGCUUGAUAAGUUUGUGAUUGGGCAGGAGAGAGCUAAAAAGGUACUUUCUGUAGCUGUUUAUAAUCAUUACAAGAGGAUAUACAAUGAUGCUUCUCAAAGGCUUGCUGGUGUGGAGACCUCAGAUAACUUUAAAGCUGAUGGCACUGAUGACGAGGAUGUGGAACUCGAAAAAAGUAACAUCCUUCUUAUGGGUCCCACGGGUUCAGGUAGGAAGACACUACUGGCGAAGACUUUGGCGAGGUUGGUAAAUGUUCCAUUCGUAAUUGCUGAUGCCACCACACUUACUCAGGCAAUAUGCAUCUUGUUGCAGGCCGGAUAUGUUGGGGAAGAUGUGGAAUCCAUUUUAUAUAAGCUGCUUACAGUUGCAGACUAUAACGUGGCAGCUGCACAACAAGGCAUUAUUUACAUCGAUGAAGUUGACAAGAUCACCAAGAAGGCCGAAAGCCUCAAUAUCAGUAGAGAUGUCUCGGGAGAGGGUGUGCAGCAAGCAUUGCUAAAAAUGCUCGAGGGGACCGUGGUUAAUGUUCCAGAGAAGGGCGCCCGGAAGCAUCCUAGAGGCGACAAUAUUCAGAUUGAUACAAAAGACAUUCUCUUUGUAUGCGGUGGUGCCUUCAUUGACUUGGAAAAGUCAAUCUCAGACCGACGCCAUGAUUCGUCCAUUGGCUUUGGUGCCCCUGUACGUGCAAACAUGAGAACAGGUGGUGUUACAAGUGCUGCUGUAACUUCAUCUUUGCUGGAAACAGUUGAAAGCAGUGACCUUAUUGCAUAUGGGCUAAUUCCAGAGUUUGUCGGACGAUUUCCCGUACUUGUUAGCUUGUCAGCACUUACUGAGGAUCAGCUUGUUCAGGUUUUGACUGAGCCUAGAAAUGCAUUAGGGAAGCAGUAUAAGAAAAUGUUCGGAAUGAAUGGAGUGAAGUUGCAUUUCACUGACAAUGCAUUGAGAUCGAUUGCUCAGAAAACAAUAAGCAAGAACACAGGCGCUCGAGGCCUAAGAUCCAUAUUGGAGAGUGUUUUGAUGGAUGCUAUGUAUGAGGCUCCAGAUGUUAGAAUAGGCGAAGAUAUAAUAGAUGCGGUUGUAGUUGAUGAGGAGUCUUUAGGUACCACCAAAGGUCGAGGAUGUGGGGCUAAAAUCCUUUAUGGAAAAGGGUCAUUCAACCGCUAUCUCUCGCGGCACGAGUCAAAGGAUUUAGAGAUGCCUGAAGAAGGUUCCGGAAGAGCGGUCGAGGUCGAACAGGAGCUUCCGCUUCCUUCAGUUGUUGCGUUGUAAACACUAAAUUAAGGUUCCAUUGUUUCUUGUCGUACAGCAUAAACCUGAAAAUGUUCCAUUAUUUAGAAAUGCAGUGUCUUGUAUUCUAUAGCCAUUUCUAUAAAUGUCAAUCAUAAAAGCACGUUUGCUACUGAUUGUUGUACCAUCUUAAUUUUUACUUAUGUAGAGCCUUCUUUCACAUAGUUUCUUAACAGCCUUGUUUGAAGAUUUUAGAAGGGUAUUAAUGUUUUCAUUCCUUCUUUUUCUGUAAGGGAAAAGUUUGACUUUUAUCAGAUGAGUAUCAGUAGUCCGCUGAUAGUUGCCUCAUAGCUCA